AUGCUCAAUACCUUUCAGCCUCGACUACUUUGCGCUGACGACGUCUUGAUUACUUCAUCCAAUAUCACUGCAAAGUAUCACGCAAACCAACCCUCCUACAUUUGGGCCAACUUGAUCUUCCAACGCAGCGAUCCGCGAUCCGUUCCAGAGAUUACUUGGUGUCUGUAUUCGGAAAUCGCGCAUCUACCGCAUCGCCAGAGCCAAGGCAUAACUGGUCUCUGCAAAACGCCGCAAACUCGGCAAAACCCCAUCGUCAAUCUGUCAAAGCCCCCAGACUACUGCUUUUUCGGUUUGCCUUCAAGUUGUUUGAUCGACCUCGUUUCUGCCCGUCGGCGAAAUUAUCGACUUCCAGUUUCGAAGAAGGACCGCUUUGCACUUGAUUGCGUAAACACCAAGCGAAUUUACAAGUCGAAUCACCUGCCCUCGGCUUGUUUCUUCCCAUCUGCUCUCUAUUCCUACCUUCUAUUCACCACUGCAGUACAGCCCAACCAAAAGGCAACGAAAAACCCCCAUCUCUGGUUGUUCACUUGA